AUGUCGGAUGCCCAAGUUCGGAAGAGCUCCCAGGGCGAAUUACAUGAUCAGGACCAAACGACACCACCGCCCUCAUACAAACGGCGGCGUAUCGCGCUAGCUUGCACAUCCUGCAGGAAUCGCAAAUCACGUUGCAAUGGCGCUAGGCCUUCCUGCAGUCUAUGCGUUGAACUCGGGUUCGAGUGCAUAUAUCAACAACCUGCAGCGGGUAAUAUCAGGCCGCCUCAGUUACAAUCAGGCUAUGAUGAGAGGUUGCGGGCUAUUGAGGACACGCUCAGGCUGCUUGUGAAUCGGAACCACCCCUCGUCGGAUGGCUCUGAGCAGCCAAACCCACCAAGCCACGAGCAAAGCCGGCCGAGCCUGGAAGCGAAUACCAUCGUUCACGAGCCACCGCAAGUUCCGAACGACGAUGAAGAUGUUGCCAUCCUCGACGAGGAUGACUCCAUGCAACAAAAUGCUGAGGACUCCGUGGACGGCAUGGCCGCUAUCACAGACCCGGAAGAGACGGAAUCGAGGUUUUUUGGCCCAUCCUCGAACAUCGCGUUGCUCCGCCAUAUAUCGGAUGCGACUUCAGCUACGUUGAAGGCAAUAGGGCAGUCUCGACACUCUGAAAGUGGAAUCAGUCAGCCUAUCGUCUCCAGGGUGGCCUCGCCAGUCACUACAACUCUCUCAGAGACCAGCCCCAUCGCUCGACACCACAUCAAUAUCCGGUCGCUCCCUCCGGAAGAGCGCGCCCUGCACCUCAUCAGAUUGUUCUUCUCUGAUACGGGAAUGCUGUUUCCAUACAUUCACGAACAAGAUAUUCUUCGCACAUACUCCGCUGCUCGUCGAAACCGCUUCAGUGCAGUGAGCCGUUCAUGGCUAUGCCUCGUGAACGCCAUAUUUGCGUUUGCCACUUAUAUCAGCGCUAAACCUGACCAGACGGCGGAAAAGAAUGCCGCCGAGUCAGAAAUCUUUAUAGAAAGGGCACAAGCCUUAUCUGCUGAGAUCGAGAUGAAAUCAGCCAGCUUAGAGACAGUUCAAUGCUUGCUCUUGAUGGCGCAAUAUCGUCAAGGCACUCAACGAUCUGACCAGGCCUGGAACCUGCAUGGCCUCGCAGUCCGCGCAGCAAUUCAACUAGGAUUACACUCACAGUCUGCUUCUUCAGAGCUCAAUCUAGUAGAAGCCGAGAUACGCAAGCGGACGUGGUUUGGGUGUAUGAUCUUAGACAGGACGCUGAGCAUGACCUUUGGUCGCCCUUGCAUGAUGCCCAACUCUAUAAUAAAACUAGAUCUUCCGUUGAAUCAGAACUUGGAGCGACUGUCAAUGCUAGGACAUUCUGCGACUUCGAUGAGCAGCUUGGAUCCGCCAGACACAGUUUGCCUGUUUACUGCCACAAUACAACUAUACUAUAUAUUGGGAGAUAUAAUUUCCGAGCUCUAUGGGGGCAAUGUGGACAUUGAUCCAGGGCUGACCGUCCCAACCAUGAUGGAAAGAACCGUCGUUCUUGAACAGAAGCUGGCCGCCUGGAAACAUAACCUGUUUCCUCCACUACAACGGAGGCCCUGGGACACUCUUGAUCCUGAUACGGUCUCUCUCUCUGCCUGGGACCCUGUUUUCGACAGAUUGAGCGUUAUCAUCACGCUCAGAUAUCUCAAUACGCGGAUCUUACUGCACAGACCAAUCUUGAGUGCCUUUCUACGCCAGAGGGCUCGGGUGAAAGUGCCUGGCGAACCAAUCGAGCAGGAAGAUCCCUUUUUCAACGAUCUCGGGGAACGGAGCGUCAAAAUUUGCCGGCAAGCUGCCAUGGAAAUCGUCGAGAUUGUCCACAAGACGAGUAAGCCACCGGCCUUGCUGGGGGCAUGGUGGUUCACUGCCUAUUACACCUUCAAUGCGGCCCUUGUGAUAUUCAGUUGCAUUUUGCUAGAAAUUACUCCGUCAAACGUACGCACUGUCAACAGUCCACCGAUAGCCGGCAACGACUCCUUGGACCCUGGCAAAAUUGUCGAAAUGAUUACGCGACUUCGAAGGGCGAUGGAGACUCUGAAGCGGUUUGGCGAGGGCACCAAAUCCGCAAAGAGAAUCAGAAAGACACUCGUGAAACUUGUUCAGAUAUCCAUGACACUCGUGCAGCUCAAUCCCGAACAUGGCCCGGCUAUCUUAUCGACUCUGUCCUCCGGUCAGCAAAGCGAGGCGGCCCAGGUAAAUAGCCAGAGCAGCCUCUCUUUGCAGCCUCAAGGAGCCAUGGAUGGGAAUAUGGCAACGAAUGGCCUCCUACCGAUCUUGGGUCAAGACGACCCGUUCGCAGCUUUUGACAUGAGUAUGCACCAGUAUUGGACAGACAACAGUCUCGACCUAUUCGCAGACCUUGUCGGUGUUGAGCCCGGGUUGACUGCUAUGAUGGCAGGCUGA